GACACAAAUUCCUUGCCGUUGAUUUUUUUUUACACAUACAUAGUAUUAGUUUAUUGGGCAACGAAAAAAGUCUAAAUUAUUGUUAACCUCAAAAAUGUCCUUAAACGAUUGGAGACCACAUCAAUAUGCUAUGUGUGCUCUGGCAGGAUUAACGGGAUUCAUGUGCGGUGCUUUUGUCCAGCAGGAGGUGUCCAUAAAGAAACUUUUCCGACAGAUUAGAAGAGAUCCGUACAUCUACUAUCAUAGACACAAGCUGUACCCAAUGCUAUCAACUUUUGGGACUGAUCACGAGAAGCGUUUGUGGAAUCGAUCCAGCUCAUUGAGUGACAAAUUUCGGGAGCGUAUCGUAUCGCCAUUUUUCGAUUUAGUCAGUGCAUUCUUUAUGCUCAAAACCGAUAAUGCCACCACCACCGAUCUGCUGGACUUGAUCAAGUACGGUCUGCCGAGCUCCGAGAAUCUGCUCGUUCACAAAGACUACGUUGUCUCGCAGGAUAUGCGCAUCAACAGCCCGAGAUGGAUCUGUGAGCAUUUUCGUGGCGAUUACCAAAAAAUAGCCCCUGAUGAAUCCGGUUAUGCUAACCUCAAUCUACGCUAUAAUGAUGUCUAUGUUCUUAGCUGUGGCUCCAUGAAAAUCUGCAAAGCUUUUAAGCGACGGAUAUGGAACGAUCUUGAGGAGUACGUGGCCGCCAAAGCGCAGGAGUAUGGCUCAGUGUAUGCCUACACUGGACCAAUUUACACUCCCUUCUGCCACGAGGAUAACAAGUGGUCCAUGAAGUAUGAGGUUUUCGAUUGGAUACCAGUUCCGGUUCCGUCGCACUACUUCAAGGUUUUAAUUAUGGACAGUCAAAUUCCCGGAAGUUAUCCGUACAUGGAAGGAUAUAUAAUAGAAAAUAGCCGUAUAGUAGGGGGCAAGUUGAGCGAUCAUUUAGCCAAGAUCGAAGAAAUCGAGCGGUAUACAGGACUACGAUUCAACAAGGACCUUAAACCGGCCGUAAAAUUUGAUAAGGGGGCAUUCAGGGUGGACACCACAUCCUGGGCGGGGAGAUUCCAAGAGAUAUCCGAGCCGCUUUUGGGGAUUCCUUCGAAUAACCAUGAGAUAAACGAAGUAUAAAAAUCUCACC